CAGAGUCUGGCAGGAGCAGCAUGUUUCAGCCCAGAUAUGACCCAGUGUUCCUGACCCACCCCGUCAAUCUCUCUCAUCCUGCUUUCUAUACUGUCACACCAAACGUUUUAAAGCUGAGGAGUUUAGGAUUUAGCGUGGCAUCACACACCUGCUUUACGUCUCGGCGGACCAAUAGGAUCCGGGACACGUGAACUGAGAGGAGUCGCCUUCAGUCACAGCAGUGCAGUCGGACACACUUUCUUUCUUCUUAAAAGGAGCUGCCCCCUCUCGACGUGGGAAGCACUGGAUCUAGCAUGGAUUUUCCACUUUUAUGUGACUUUUGAGCAGCAGAGAGGGGCAAAGGAAGAAGAGGAGACGAAGCCUUGGAUAAGUGUUGCGACCACCAAGGAAGAAAGGGUGGAGGUGGGAGGAGGCAGGUGGGGAGGGUGAUGGGAAACGUCAACAAGACUUCUAACAAGGACAGUAACAGGAAAAAGGGGGCUUCGUCCGUACAGCAAAGCGACACAGCGUUAGCCACGGCCAUGCUAGGGUCCCUGGGUGGUGCUGGGGAGGUGGACACAGAGGAGGAGGAGGAUGAUGAGGAGGAAGGAGGGAGCAGGCGGGAAUUUAAUGACCCGCUGUGCACUCUGGUUAAGAACUGCAACAUGCUGCACAACAUAGUGGGGCCUGCUUGUAUCUUCCUCAGACAGGGCUUCGCUCAAAGCCAACUUGACCGAGACCUACGGCCAGAGGAAAUGGAAGAACUGCGUGAAGCCUUCAGAGAGUUUGACAAAGACAAAGAUGGCUUCAUCAGCUAUAAGGACCUGGGAGAAUGCAUGAGGACUAUGGGAUACAUGCCGACUGAAAUGGAACUCAUUGAGCUCAGCCAGCAGAUCUGUGGGGGCAGAGUGGACUUUGAGGACUUUGUGGAACUGAUGGGCCCCAAAAUGCUUGCUGAGACUGCAGACAUGAUUGGAGUAAAAGAGUUAAGGGAUGCCUUCAGAGAGUUUGACUCGGACGGCGAUGGUCAGAUUAGCCUUGGGGAACUAAGGGAAGCUAUGAAGAAACUGAUGGGAGAACAGCUGAACCACCGUGAGAUUGAUGAGAUCCUGCGAGACGUAGACCUCAAUGGAGACGGACAGGUGGACUUUGAAGAAUUUGUGCGAAUGAUGUCUCGCUGAAUCUCCUUCGAGCCUCGGUUUGCUGCACUGCAACCAACGUGAACCAGACUGCUCACUAAGUCUUCUCAUAUGUACAAAAAUCUUGGUCUCUGUAAUUUUUCACUUGCCUCUCAGGUAGAUCCAUUAGUUUAUUUAUCCAUUGUAAAAAUGUAUUACAGUAUGUGCAUAAUAGCAGAUUGUAGCUGAAUGACUCCAAUGCUUGUUAAAAGAAUAUAAUAAAAUGUGAAAUGUAUUAAAUCAUUUUAUGUAAAUGUAUGACAAUAUGAACAAAUGGCAUUGAAAGUUUAUUUAGACAUAUUAAUAUAUUUUUCUGUUUAUUUUUACAAUUUGCCAGAAGCAGUUGUGUACAUUUUCAGAUGAAUAUUUAACUUAAAUCUCAAGGUAAAUGUAACAUUGAAAUAAACAUGAACAUUUAUUAUUUAAAGAUUAAUAAACAUAACCUAAUUAUU